CGCUAAUCGCCUCUCGUGGGCUGGUGGGGAUUCAGACAUCAUGCUGUCACUGAUGGGGAGUGGUGACAAACCAUAGCAUCUACACACACUGAGUGGCAAGCAAGCCCACACAAACACACGGUCCUGCUGUGACGCUGGGUUCAGGAGGAAGCUGCGGCUAGCUCAGUGACGAUGGAAAUGGAUUUAAAAGCCAUCAUAACGCAAAUGGAGACGGGAUUGCAGGACACUGCCUUAACGGCUCUACAGAGCUACAACAAGCAGAUGAACCAGUGUUUUACUUUCAGCAAGGAAGAAGAGCAGGACAGAGAGCAUCUGGGGGAGUUGGUUCUGAGUUUCCUGAACAAAGAAUUGCAGCCUUCCUGUCAACUGGCCUGUCUAGAAACUGUUCGAAUCCUGUCCAGAGACAAAUGUUGCCUGGAUCCCUUCAUCAGCCACUCCGCCAUGUCCACUCUCGCCCGCCACGCUGGCAUCAUUGUUGCCAGUACAGACAACCUACCUGAGGAGACCCAAGUGGAAUGUGAGGGAGGAGAAGAAGCAGACGAAACCAGUAAAGUGGUGAGGGAAGCCUCCCCUCCUUCAGAAAACCCCGACCAGGAAGUAAUUGUUGAGAGUCUUAAGUCCAUCUGUAACGUCCUGCUACACAACGAGACAGGACUGGUGGUAGCAGCAGAUCUGCAGCUGAUAAAGGGUGUUGCAGCGAGGCUGAAACAGUGUCAUGAUCGCACCUGGAACUAUGAGGUGCGUUUUUUUGACUUACGCCUCACCUUCCUGCUGACUGCACAGAGAGUGGACAUCAGGAAGCAGCUGGCUAAGGAGCUUCAUGGCAUCAGUCUACUAGGCAACCUGUUGGAUGUGACACUGGGUUUGUGUUGGCCUGAUGCAUUGGAGACGGCCAGGGCAGGAUUGGAGGGCAUCCCACCUGAAGAACUGCCCCCACUGAGCCGGCAGCAAACAGAACUAGCCAUGGAAAUACUGAAAAUACUGUUCAACAUCACAUUUGACACAACCAGACGCAAGGUUGACGAGGAAGAGGCAGCAGAGUACAGACGUUUGGGAGCCAUACUGAGACACUGCCUACUGAGCCAGGCAGAUGGAGAGGAGCGGACUGAGGAGUUCCACAGCCAUACUGUUAACCUGCUAGGUAACCUCCCUCUGCCCUGUUUGGAUGUGCUAUUGAUGCCCAAGGUACAACAAGGCUCCAUUGAAUACAUGGGGGUCAACAUGGAUGCUGUCAACAUGCUGCUGGAUUUCAUGGAGAAAAGACUUGAUCGAGGACAUAAGCUGAAGGAAACCCUUCUUCCAUCACUGACCUUGCUGACAGAGAGUGCCCGCAUCCACCGAGAGACCAGGAAAUUCCUCAGGUCAAAGGUCCUCCCCCCACUGCGUGAUGUGAAGAACAGACCAGAGGUGGGCAGUGCUUUGAGGAACAAACUAGUCCGCCUUAUGACGCACAUUGACACCGACGUCAAGGACUGUGCUGCUGAAUUCAUCUUUGUUCUCUGCAAGGAAAGCGUUUCAAGGUUCAUUAAGUACACUGGAUAUGGUAAUGCUGCAGGACUGCUGGCUGCCAGAGGACUACUUAGGGGAGGCAGAGACUCUGGGAUCUACUCUGAAGAUGAAGACUCUGAGACGGAGGAGUACAGAGAGGCCAAAGCUCACAUAAACCCAAUAACUGGAGUUGUGGAAGAGGAGCAGCCCAAUCCAAUGGAGGGAAUGACGGAGGAGCAGAAAGAGUAUGAGGCCAUGAAGUUGGUUGACAUGUUUGACAAACUGUCAAGAACCAGUGUGAUCCAGCCCAUGCAGCUUGGUAUGGACGGGAAGAUGAGAGAAAUGACUCGAGAGGAUCUGCAUAAACUUACCCACAAUCCUCUGCUCCAGCCGGCUGAAACGGCUAAUUCAGACAGUGAAGACGAGGCCUAGUAACCCCAGAAGCAUAAAUACAGAAAAAUUCAACUCUUAUGACAACUAUAGAAGAUCUGUGUCAUUAUUUUUGAUGUUUGCAUGUCACACAGUCCAACUUGUUUAUUUUAAGUACAGAAAGUAGGGAUUUGUUCAGCGAGACACAGCAUGAAGUACAUGGAAGGCUGUGCUAUUUUGUUGACAACAAAUCUCCAUUAUUUCCAAAGAGUACUGUAGGGUUACCCUUCCUUCCUCACAGACAUGUGUUUAAGUUCAUUAUACUAUGAAAAACGUGAUUAGAGAGUGUACAGGUAAAUAAAAUGGAUGCGUAUCUGGAAGGUUGACACAUAAGAUUGUUCUUUAUUCAAGUCAAAUACACAGCAAGCUCCUUCUUUUCGUCUGACUGCUAAUACCAGCUUUCACACACUCGUGUCAGUCCGCAUCGAAAAGCGAUGGAGGGAACUCAAAAGCCGGCGUCUGGUUCCUCAAAAUUUGCUCAAAGCUCAGUAUUUUGAAGGUAAAUAAUAAUAAUAAAAAAAAAUCUCUCACCAAAAAGGUUCCAAACGAGCAAGCAACUCUCCAACCUCAGCUAACUGAGUGUCCUUGAAUGCACCAACACCCCCCCCCCCACCAGGAGCAGCUGUAGCCUGCUAACAUGGUUACCUAACAUCAGUUGACAUUUGAUAUAAUUAUCUGCAGGUGGGUGGCAUAAGGUAGAUAGCAGAUGUUUUAUUUUUUAAAUAAUUGUGCCUCAUGGCACUUCUUCUUUUUCUUUUGGUGUCAUCAUACAUGAUAUCUGCAAAUUACAAAAUGUGCUGGUAUGGGUAAAAUGAUUAAAUUGUGCACACAUACACAACCCUGAUAACUUAAGUUGUCAGCCAACUGAUCAGCUCUUGCCUCCUCUGUGUCUGGCAGUUGAUAGUUGAAAUAUCAGAUUUGCACUAGACAUUAGCCUUCACCCAUUAACCACUGAAAUACUCCUACUAUAUUGAUGGAGGCAUGUCCCUCCUGUCAAUAUGCAAACCUACACCCCUGAACAUAACAGUCCCUGCCCACAGUUUCAUGACCAUGUGAACAAAACAUCACUUUUGGAAACUAGUGACUGUCUGGGGGGUAGAGAUUUUUUUCUAAGAACUGAUGAAAAUGGUCAAUAUGGUCAUGCAAUGCGAUCUGUAAAUGGAAAAAUAGGAACGAAACAUCUAUAUGGUCCUUUCAGUGAUGCUCCUUUCUAGUUAAGUAUGGAUACUUAGAGUACACAUGCACAGAUAAAAAAACAGUGUUGGUUUUAAUUAUUUUUAUUUCCCAUUUCUUUCCCUUUACUUGCUGUUCUCUCACAGACAGAAUCGGUUAUUUGGUAUACUUAAUGUUUCUCCAGUCCAUUUAAAGUUUAACAUCUUAUAGAAUGUUUGAGCUUAGUGAGAUGAAUAAUUGUCAUUACUAGAGCUGUUCUUCAGUUUAUUUUGAUUGAAUCAACUGCAUUUUUGAAACUCUUAGAUGUUUAGAUGUUUUUCAUAAACAACAGGCAUGGAGAUGAAUGAAGAUGAAAAUGGUUAUGUAAAAAGACUAUAAUCUGAAACACAUAUUAAAUGUAUGCUCCUUUAUAGUGCUAUUGUAUAGCUGCCAGUGAUAUACAUUAAAUGUGAUAAAUGAUG